GCGCCCGGCCCGCCCGGGGACCGCGCUCGCCGCCGGCCCGACGCCGCCAUGAGCGCCGCGCUUUUCAGUCUGGACGGCCCAGCGCGCGGCGCGCCCUGGACGGCGGAACCCGUUGCCUUCUACGAGCCCGGCCGCGCGGGGAAGCCGGGUCGCGGAGCCGAGCCGGCCGCGUCCGCCAUGUACGACGACGAGAGCGCCAUCGACUUCAGCGCCUACAUCGACUCCAUGGCCGCCGUGCCCACCCUGGAGCUGUGCCACGAUGAGCUCUUCGCCGACCUCUUCAACAGCAACCACAAAGCGGGCGCCCUGGAGCUACUGCCCGGGGGCCCCGCGCGCCUCGGGGGCCCUGGCCCGGCGCCGCGACCCCUCAAGCGCGAGCCCGACUGGGGCGACGGCGACGCGCCCGGCUCCCUGCUGCCCGCGCAGGUGGCCGCGUGCGCGCAGACGGUGGUGAGCCUCGCGGCCGCUGCGCAACCCACACCGCCCGCGUCGCCAGAGCCGCCGCGCCGGAGCCCCGCGCCCCCAGCGCCCGGGCCCGCGCGAGACAAGGCGGCAGGCAAGCGGGGCCCGGACCGCGGCAGCCCCGAGUACCGGCAGCGACGCGAGCGCAACAACAUUGCUGUGCGCAAGAGCCGCGACAAGGCCAAGCGGCGCAACCAGGAGAUGCAGCAGAAGCUGGUGGAGCUUUCGGCCGAGAACGAGAAGCUGCAGCAGCGCGUGGAGCAGCUCACGCGGGACCUGGCCGGACUGCGGCGCUUCUUCAAGCAGCUGCCCGGCGCGCCCUUCCUGCCCGGCGCGGGGGCGGCGGACGCGCGGUGACGCGGGGGGCGCGCGGGCUGCGGCCGCACUGCCUGGAGCCGCCGGGCCGGACUCCCGCGCUUGGCCGGGACUCGGACAGCUGCCGCGUGGACCCUAAGUUACUGUGACGGCAGCUUCUCUACAUCCUACGCCUAGGAUGCAGCUAAGGUACAUUCGUAAAAGAGACUUUUCCGACAAGCCUUUGUACUGUAGAUACGAGGGAAAGACUGAGCAUGCUCACUUUUUUAUACUGAUUUUUACAGUAUUUGUAAGAAUAAAGACGCGUUAGACCCACUUUGAUUCCUGCGCUCGCGGCCCUCCGAACCCGCAGGGGAGGGCGCGCGUCUGGCUGACUUGCACCCCGGGGCCGGUCAUCCCGGGUUACUUUGCUUCUCAAACAGGCCGAACUCCACCUGCGGACGUGCUGGUUAACUUGCCGAGAUCCGUUCGGGUGGAAGGUGCCCGCGCCCCGAGAACGUGUUGGAACCCCGUUGGAGUGCGUCCCACCUCGAGUGGGGGUCUAGGGGCAAGGAGAAGAGGGCUCGGUUACCCGAAAACCAGCCCGACUCAUCUUGGCUUUCAUGGGAUUUGCUUUCACUUUCCUCACUUCUGUAGUCAGCUUCAAGUAGAUUUUCCAAGUGCGUGAAGUACAAGUCAUGUAGGAGAUGGAAAGGACAGUCACAAAGCUACUUAAAACUGGCUACCUUGCCAGUACUUGUAAUGUUUCAAAGAUUAACCUGAAAGAAUAAAUAAAGUCGUUGCCUUUCCCCCAUGAGAGUGGGUAUUGGGCAGCCUAUCUUUGUCUUGGCUGCUA